UCUGCUGAUCCACACAAGGAGCUUUCUCUCUGUGUUUCUCUCCUCCCUCUCUUUCACGUCCAGUCACAGAAACAUACACACACAUACACACACACACACGCACAGCACUACACACUCACACACCCACUCACACAUACACAAAGCAACAAGCAGCAAGCUUAAUGACCGAGCCAGAGGCAGAAGAUGGCUGACCUGACAGCAGGGCACUCUCAGCCCAGCAGCCUGGCAUCCCCAGCCCUCCCUCCUUACACAAUCCCUGACGUCUUUCACCUCUAGAUAGAGGGGGGAUAGCCACUCCACUUUCCUGCUCCACCAUCCUACCAACACUCUUUCAUUCACGCAGUCAUUUCCUCAGCACAAACUAUUGAAAAAAUGGCAGAAAUGGAAAAAGAGGGAAGACCUCCGGAAAAUAAAAGGAGUAGGAAGCCUGCACACCCUGUGAAGAGAGAGAUCAACGAGGAGAUGAAGUUUUCAGGUUGCACAUCGUCUAAAGUGGACAGGCAUUUCUCCACAUCAACUCAGAGGAAUUUUGCUGAGAAUACCAUGAAUGAGCUUUUGGGUUGGUAUGGUUAUGACAAGGUGGAGCUAAAAGAAGGAGAGGAUAUUGAAAUUAAGAACUACCAUACAGAUGGGGAGGGACGACAGCAUAUUUCUGUUCUAAAAGAAAAUUCAUUGCCAAAGCCUAAAGUAUCAGAGGAAAGUGUUAUCUCACCAUUCAAUGCAAAUCUAAAUUAUUCAGGGCUUGUCACAGGAAAUGGGCUCACAGAAUUUCCAGCAGGGUCAAGGGAUCAUGGAAAUCAUGGAAAUAUGCCAAUUGUGGUACCUUUAAUCCCCCCUCCUUUCAUGAAACCACCAGCAGAGGAUGAUGUGUCAAAUGUACAAAUCAUGUGUGCCUGGUGCCAGAAAGUGGGGAUUAAGCGCUAUUCCCUGAGCAUGGGAAGUGAAGUGAAAUGCUUCUGCAGUGAAAAGUGCUUUGCAGCCUGCCGAAGAGCAUACUUCAAAAGAAACAAGGCUAGAGAUGAAGAUGGACAUGGUGAAAAUUUUCCACAGCAACACUAUGCUAAGGAAACUCCGAGACUUGCCUUCAAGAAUAACUGCGAACUACUUGUAUGUGAUUGGUGUAAGCACAUACGGCAUACAAAAGAAUACCUGGACUUUGGAGAUGGAGAAAGAAGGCUUCAAUUCUGCAGUGCAAAGUGUCUAAAUCAAUACAAAAUGGACAUUUUUUACAAAGAAACACAAGCCAACCUUCCAGCUGGACUGUGCAACACAUUACAUCCUCCAAUUGACAAUAAAGCAGAAGGCACGGGGGUACAGCUGCUAACUCCAGAUUCCUGGAAUAUACCGUUGACAGAUGCUCGAAGAAAGGUUCCUUCCCCAGUGUCUGCAGCUGGCCAAAUGCAAGGUCCUGGAUCAUCAGCCUCAACCACUGCCUCGCCUUCUGAAAUUGCCAACAGCUCAGUUACUAAAAUCCCCACACCAGUUCCCAAAUCCAUUCCUCUGAAUGAAAGCCCAAAUAUAGCCCCAGUUCCAGUUCCACCACCUGCCAGCAUUGUGCCUCCCAUGGGCAUGCCACCCAGGAGUCCACCGAUGAUUAUGACAAAUAGAGGACCGGUUCCUCUGCCCAUUUUCAUGGAACAGCAAAUUAUGCAACAGAUACGCCCACCAUUUCUAAGGGGUCCUCAUGGAUCAAAUCCUAAUAGUCCUUUGUCCAAUCAAAUAAUUCCUGGUAUGGGUCCACCACCUGGUGGGCCUAGAGUUAUGGGACCUACAUCAAGUCCUAUGCAUAGACCAAUGUUAUCACCUCACAUUCACCCGCCAACAACUCCUACUAUGCCGGGCAAUCCAGCAGGUUUGAUUCCGCCUCAUCCACCUGGAGGUCCUAUACCUGGUUUUCCUUUCCAUCCAAUGGGCAUGAUGCCAAAUGGUCCUAUACACAUGCCUCAGAUGGUAAAUUUUGGUUUACCAUCUCUUGCUCCCUUAGUGCCACCACCUACCCUUUUAGUGCCAUACCCAGUUAUUGUUCCUUUACCUGUUCCAAUACCUAUACCCAUACCUAUUCCUCAUCCAGUGGAUUCCAAGCCCCCAAAUGACUUCUUCAGUAAUGGUGAAAGCAUCAUUCCAAGUUCAUCAAGUGAUAGCCCAGGAGCAAAGCCAAAGAAAAACUCUUUGCUUCCAAGGGAUUCCAAACAAAGGUCUUUAAAGCCUUCUGACACUUCAUCUGGUGGUUCAGGGCUUUCCUCGAACCAGGCUCCAGUUGUUCAAGAACAUUUGAAAACCGAAGUAGUGGACUUGACUUUGAGGACAGUAAGCCCAGAAAACAGUAAACCUAGCAUCCCUAAUACGUAUCAAGUGCCACAGGAUGGGGUCAUAGAUUUAACUGUGGCAAACAGGUCUAGACUCCAUAAUGUAAUUCAGAAAGCUGUUAACACUCAGUUAAAACUUGAAUCUGAACCCAUUAGUGUUGUAAACGUGGUUUUUAGUAACUCAGAUAGAACCAAUUGUAAUGACUGUGUGGAUGGUAGUAACCCAGUGGAAACAAAAGUACAUCCAUGCAAUGACUCUAAACUUUGUGGUAUAAACUCACUAGCCCCAAGUACCCCAGGUCAUGAAAGCAGUGCAGCAGUUUGCAAUGUAAUUGUAAAUGGCACAAAGAGCACAGAGGGUACUAAAAACUCUGAUAAAUCACACGAGCAGAAAAAGACAUUAGACAAGGAGCCUGCAGUUAGUGAAUUGGAAUCUGUUAAAGAAAAUAACUGUGCUUCAAAUUGCCAUUCUGAGUUUGAAGCCGGCAAAAAGAGUCUUGUGGAAGAGUCUCUGACAGCAGGAGACAAACAAGAUCCUAAUCUAAACAACCCUGCAGAUGAGGACCAUGCCUAUGCUUUGAGGAUGUUGCCUAAAACAGGUUGUGUUAUCCAGCCUGUGCCAAAACCAGCAGAAAAGACUGCAAUAUCACCAUGUAUAAUCUCAUCACCAAUUCUCACCACAGGGACAGAAGAUUUGGAGCCACCACUUAAAAGGAGGUGUCUCCGUAUUCGAAAUCAAAAUAAAUAAAGGAUAUUGGCUGACAGGGUAUCUUGCAUGGGAAAACAGGAGCAGCACAGUCUACGUACACUUUACCAAACCACACCAGCUGGUCCACUUCUUAUUUCCAUAUCCUGCCACUGCCUCUGCUGACUACAAAUCAACCUCCUGCCGUCUCUACUCAUCAUGCUGUCAUGCAAGAAAAGCCAUGCAGUCCAUUUCUCCUAGGAUGCUGAGCAUUCCUUUCCACCUCACUUCCCCCUGCGCCUGCAGUCGCUGUCAUGAAGAAGAAAGUGGACCAAUGAAUUACUCCCCCCUUCAACAUCUGUACCAGAGGGCAACGUAUGACUGGAAUUAUAUGGAUUUUUUCUGUUGCUUAAGAGACUUAGGUUUUGCUGCUACAAUGAGAAUUGUACUUUGUUCUGUAGAGUGUGGAACUGUUGAAGGGUAAAGGUUUUGCAUUGGAGUAGCAACACUUCAUAGUCAUCUCUCUCUUACCCAUGAUGAUGCACUUUUAAUUGAAACAUUUAAAGAAAAAAAAAAAGUUUUAAUGGCUAAUAUUUUUAUUUUAACAAAGGCCACCUUUCUGUCUAAUGCCAUAUUUUCAGUGUUAGGCUUUAUGGAUUUUAAUCCUUACAGAGUGCAGUAGAAGGCAGCAUGAAUAGUUGAUAUUGUGGUUUCUUGUACAGGCUAGAUGGCAAAAGAGAUCUGUAAAUGUUUAUUCUACUCACAUUUCUUUUUAAACUCCCCCUAAACAGCACCCCAAUUGGGAACAGAGCAAAAGUGUUGUACUAAAGACCAAAAUUCCCCUAGGGUGUAAACUAAUCUGACAAGGGAGGGAGAAGAUAUUUGCUGAGCGUCAUAAGAGAUACAGGAUGAAAUUUCAACCUCCCUAGAUUUCACUGAUCCAGGAAGCCAGCGAGACAAUCUCUCCACAUACACACAGCCCUUUCAUGAUAAUUGGAAUAGUAUGGGCAUGCCAAUGAUGGAAUGGGGUCCAAGCGGAUUUUUUUUCCCCAGACACCCCUUUUCUAAGAACCACAACGUCCUCCCCUUUUUUCCUGCCUGCUAUUCUGUUUUUUGUGUUUGCUUACUCCUGUCUUGAUGAAGAAAAAUGUGCAAUUCGGUCCUCAGUCACUGGAGUGAGGAUAUAACAGGGUAGAAGACACAUUGAUAUAAAUAUGUGCACUUGUACAGAUGUAGCCAAGAGUCCAAAACGACACUAGCAUAGAGCUUGUGUGCCAGCACUUAUCUUUAAGAAAGAGUGAAACCGAUGUAACGUACCCCCUCUUAUUUUUUUUCAUACAAGUUUGGAGAAAUCUCAUUAAAUCACAUUGUGAUUCAGUGUAUAUGUUUACUACGUCAAAUAAAGCAUUUGCUCAUUCACCUUUUCUGCACAGUGCCUGCUAUUUGAAGUAGACGUGCAUUUUUUUACAAUGAUGUGGAUUCAAUAUCAAGGCAUUCUGUGCAGUAUGGAUUGGAGCAUAGCCGCUUUUUUUAGUGUAUGUGUACUGUUAGUACUAUGUAUAUACUGUAUUUCUAUAGCUUUGUUUGUAAAAAAAAAAAAAAAGGAGAAAAAAGACAAAAAAAAACAGCAUCGGCAGUUUAAACUACUGUUUCGGAAAUCCCCCUUUUAUUUAUUAACAUGGACUCGAUUCCGAAUUUGUGGAGUGUCAAAUCCUCUUUCUGUCAUGUUACAUGUUUCCAGAAUUGUAACUUUUAAUCUGUUGGGAACAGCCGACCUAUCCCUAUGUUUCAAAAAUUAAAAUAUAACACGUCAUUCUUUGGUAAAUUUGAAGAAACUCUGUAUUGUUAUUAACAUUCCCACUGUAAUGAAGGCGACUUGUGCGUGUGGAAAGAAAGUGAACUGAAGUGUUUGUGUUUUGUUGGAUUAUUUGGCUAAUGGUAUCUUUAUGGACUGUUCUUUAGAACAUCUCUUUUUGCCCUAUAAAUUUCUGUGCAAACUUUGAA